AUGCAGCAGCUGAUCAAGCCUGUUGCAGUGGAGGUGGAAGGCGGAAAGCCCGGGAAAGAUGGGGAGCUUUCAGUCGGUCCAGUCUACCGCUGUAUCCUGGCCAAGGACGGCUUCCCUCCGCCCAAGCCCGGGAUGAGUACAUCAUGGGAGCUAUUCAGGUGGGUCUUCCCAGUAACUGCGAUCUCGUGAAGUGAAAGAAAAACGAUAGAACGGCCGAGAAUCUCAAUGAUUGUGUAGUUUAUUAGUGGAUAUCUUGUCCCGUUCGCCUCCCUCCCUUCCAGUGAGUGAUUCGUCGAUGUUUAUUCAGUUCUAUGCGGCAAACUAAUCUGUGGUGUAUGCGAUUAUCUGUAGCGUGGCUGCCGACAAGUAUUCAGGGAACAGAAUGCUUGGAUGGCGUGAGUUGACGAACGGGAAGGUAUCAUUCUCUCGGACUUAGAAGGCAGAAGUAGCUUUGCUUAGUAAAUCCACUCUAAUCAAGUUUCAUUCCACGAUGUUCUUCGAUGGCGCAGUUGGGAGCUUAUUUGUGGAAAACUUAUGGUGAGGUUUUUAAGGAAGUACUGCACAUCGGCUCCGCUCUGCGGCAUUUGGGAGCUGAGCCGGUACGUCUCAUCUAAGUUAUAUCAUUAUAGUUUACACCAAUUCUUAUGAGACGUAUGUAUGUAUGGAUUAUGUUCGAAGGUCAAGGUUGUAGGGAAAUAGUGUAAUUAGUUGAAGUUGUUUUUGGGAAAGUGUGUAGGAUGUCCUGCUUCCGUCAGUCCUCUAGUGUAGGGACGACGAGUUUUUCUUCUUGCUGGAGUCGCCAGUUACCAGCACUCCAGCGUCGUCUCUUCUCCCCGCGAGGUCUUCUGCCGGCGAGGCAGUUCUACGACGAGAGAACACUGAUCUUUCUCUGUCUCGUGUCUUCGAGAGUGAUCUUCAUCUGUCAUUUGACAGUCUGUCUUAGUUCAUCAGCCGCAGGUUCGUCAACGACAUCUUCGAAUUCAUCGGCGUCAUUUCGGUCUGCAUCAAGCCUUCUGUCUAGAGGCUGAAAUAUCUAGGUCCAUCACCGUUGUUUCCAUCUUCAUCAGUUUUUUUGAGAGAGGUAAAAUCAGCCUCUCUUAUCCACGCUUGUCUUAGUCCAGUGUCGUACUCCGUCCUCCUCAGUCCGUCCCCCUCUGUUCUACAUCAGUCCUAUGUCUUCCCUAGUCUGGUGACCAAAGUCCUCCACAUUCCACGUUGCUACAGUUCAUGUUGUCUGGUGCUGUCUGCUCACCUCUGCCUUCGUCGGAAUGGUCUUCACCAUCCAGUCCGUCUGCGAGUUCAUUUGUCUCGAUCUCACUCGAUCGGUGGGAGGGAUGCUGGCCCCCGCCUCUCCUGAGAGCUGAACCCCAUUAUCGCAUCAAUCGUCAUAGCUGAGAGUCUUUGCACCAGCGCUUGGCACUAUGUACGUCUCUGAGCAGAGGGAUACUCUCCGCGUGCUUGGUGCCACCCUGUCAACCACCUCGUGACUCCGAGGCAGGCUCUGGGUCCCUGGGACAUAGUGAGCAUCAUGAUCAAGUCACAGGUGUUUGGUGCUAUCAUAUAUAUGGUGAGCUGUCCUUGGGGCAGGACAAGCGUCAGAGGAGCCAAAGGUGUCAGCGAAUCCACAACCUCAGCGGCGGUCAUCUUUGACUACCAUCAAAGGGAGAGUUGCUGCCAUAACGGAUCUUCGUCAUCACCAACAAGUGGAUGCUCAGAGGGCAAGAUUUUCGUCAUCACCAACUUAGUCAAGAUGAACCUUUCAAAAGUUCAUCUUGAGGGGGAGUGUCGGAAGUUCUAGGUUGUAGGGAAAUAGUGCACUUAGUUGAGGGUGUUCUUGAAAAAGUGUCUAGGAUUUCUCCCUAUAUUAAGGGGUGAAUUGGUUGAAUGGAAUUGAGGUAGUUUCCGUCGUUCUCCUCUCUGUCCUCCGUGACAGGGGUCGUUUUCCAUUUCCAAUAGAUUCUUCUCUUCAUACACACUUUCCUGAACUGCUUAAUUUAAACAGGGCUCUCGGGUUGGAAUCUAUGGAAUAAACUGCCCCCAGUGGAUAAUUGCCAUGCAGGUAGGAUUUAUUUUUACGUCAUAUUCCAUUUUCUAUUUUUGGCCAAAUGUGGUCCUGAACUUCUGGACUCAGAAAGUAUUUGCUACAAGUCUUUUGGUGUAUGAACUCCCAGUAAUAGAGUGGGCUCUGUGCAGGCUUGCAAUGGCUACAACUUGAUCUGUGUUCCUUUAUAUGACACGCUCGGUAAUUAUUUGACUCUAGCCCUUUUUCCACUUCAGCUCUUACGGGUACUAGAAGCAGGGAUUGACAUGCUUUGCAUUCUAAUAUGUCUAUGAAGUUGCAGUUGGAAGUCCUAUGAAUUAUGCAGAUAUCAGGUGUGUGUUUAUAAGAUGAUGCUGGCUAAAAUGUGUCUGCUUCUUUCUGGUGACAGGGGCAGCAGCAGUCGACUAUGUGAUAGAUCACGCCGAAAUCGAUUUUGUCUUUGUCCAAGAUACGAAAGUGAAAGGAGUAAGAACCCUCCCGGUUAACGAGCAGCAUUUUUCCACACUUUUUAGAAGCAACUUAAUCUUAAAUGUCCUAGGAUAGACAUUUUGUUUUUCUAACAGACGAUCUUGCUUUUGAAUUUUUGCAGAUUUUGAGCAACCAGUCUGCUAAACGACUUAAAUGUAAGCAUUAACAAGCCUAUAUGAGUGGCUAGAGCAACCUGUAACGUGGUAUUAAAACCUCUGCUAACAGUUCUCCCUUCUUUUGUUAUUGCAGCGAUUAUUUGCUUUACUAGCUUAACAGACGAACUCAGGAAUGAUGCAACCAAUCUUGGAGUGAAACCAUACUCCUGGAACGAGUUUAUACUGUUGGUUCGUCUCCCAUGAUUCUCUCCAAUAGGGCUAUCUCCCCACCAUUUUCUUAGCACUGAGCUUCAUGAUAUCCACUGAGGAUUUUCAUUGUCAUGUUUUUUUAUGCUUAGCUACCUGCUACCAAUAUUUAGGAUAGUCGCUUUGUGCAAACAUGCGAAGAACCUGUUCGGGAAGUUUCCUGGUUGUAACAUGUCAUUAUGUUGCUUAUUAUCAGUUUGAAUAGAAUGGUUAACUGAGUUUGACCUUUUUGUGCCAGAUCAUUUUGAACUGAAGGCAUCCUUUAAUACAUGAAGAAGACAUGCUAGUUGUUGCUGUGGAUUCUCUUCAUCAUAUUGCACUUGAUUUUCUACCCUGUUAUUUGCAGAGAGAGCAAAAAAUUCUCGCAGCCAUAUUGCACAGUUGAUUUGCUUAAUUGUUCCGGAUCUUGCUCUCAAUUCUUAUUGUAGAAGUUUUUGUCUGCAUUUACAAUGGAUCCAUGCCCUAUUGAUCUCCCCUGCCAUUCUUUUUUUUCCAGAUUGGGUAACCCCUGUAGUAUUGUCGCAUGAUUAUCUCUGUUUUGCUUCUUGCAUCUGAUGCUUUUGUUUUUACCAGGGAAAAGAUUAUCCGUCCAACCCUAUUCCACCUCAAUGCCAUGAUAUAUGCACCAUCAUGUACACAAGUGGGACCAGUGGAAAUCCGAAGGGAGUCAUUUUGACCCACGAUAACCAUGCAAUGUAUGUGAGAAGUGUUGAAGUUUUCAUGGAACAAUUUGAAGAGAAGGUAAGAUCAUUUUAACUUUCUAAGUUGGUUUUUUUGUUUUAGACCAUCUCUCAGAUGCUCAGCAGGAACAACUUUAGAUCAUUUUUGUUUUUUUCUGCUUAUGAUUGCGUUCGCAGCAUAUCCUUACACAGAAAUUUAUCCUAAUUAUUUCAUUUUUAUUCGUUGUUAGAUGACAGUAGAUGACGUCUAUCUCUCCUUCCUCCCUCUUGCUCACAUACUUGAUCGUAUGAUCGAAGAGUACUUCUUCUUCAAAGGUGCAUCUGUUGGCUACUACCAUGGGGUAUGCUAUUAGGACAUUUAAAAUUUGGCACUGAAAAUCCCAGAGUUGUAUCCUGGGAUUUAUUGAUGCUGAUUGCUUAAUUUAUUUCUAUUUUUUUCCCUGAAACUCUUCUCCGAUUCGUGCAUCCCUGCAGGAUCUUAAUGCCCUAAGAGAAGAUCUAAUGGAGCUCAGGCCGACAUUGUUCACCGGUGUCCCAAGGGUCUUUGAAAGAGUGCAUGGAGGUAUAUGUCUAAAUCACCAGAUUUCUUCGCUAACACCUUCAGUUUAGGCUUGUCCCUUACAGGUCACUAACCUAAACCUCUCAGGCAUCUUGAAGGCAUUGGAUGAACUCAGGCCUAUGAGGAGAAAAGUUUUUAACUUUCUCUAUCAGUAGUAAGCUGCCAUUUAUCCAUAGUAUUUGCUCAUAUUGCCUGUGCAAUAAAUCGUUCUCAGCUUUAUUGAAGGCCUAUUUAUUGUCCAUGAAGCAAAUUGUCCUGGAUGAAAGCGGGAUACUCACAUAAAACAGCUUCUCGGUUGGCAGACUUCUUGGCAUUUCGUAAGGUGUGGUACUUAGUUUUUCUGACUGUGUAGAAAAGUGCAUCUUCACAUCCUUCAUUUCCGUUUGUUUUACUUAUGGCUUGCCAUGCAGGUCAAUGCUCGGUUAGGAGGCCGGAUUCGCCUCAUAAUUAGUGGAGGUGCCCCCAUUAGCUCAGAACUUGAAGAGUUUCUGAGGGUCACGAGCUGUUCUUAUUUUGUCCAAGGCUAUGGUGAGUAAACCCUUUAUUCCUUUAGUUAGGCAUGCUCAUAAAUCGGAUGAAAUAUCAGGAUACAAUAAAAAUGAGAUUUUUUCUUUGAGGAGAAAUUAAUAAGUCAGAUCAAGAAUCUGGAUGCAAAUCAAAAGACAUUUCUUGUUUGGAGAAAUAAGAGUUAACACAUAAAUAGAUCCACAUAGGUGCAUUUUCCGAAAUUACUAUCAGGAUGCAAAAAUUAUUUUUUCAUGUUUGGAGAAAAUAGAAAAUCAGAUUAAAUAUCGGGGGUGCAGGAAAGAAAAAGAAAGAAUUUUCUACUCUUGGAGGUCAUUAAUAGAAAACAUUGUGAUUUUUAAAAAAAAUAUAGAUUCUUCUGUCAUAACGGUUGUUUAUCAUAGUUUUUCAUCUUUUCUUACAACCUCGUGGCAAUCUUUCAGGUUUGACAGAAACAUGUGGAUUGAGUAGCGUUAAUAUACCCGAUGACAUGUCUAUGAUCGGUACCGUGGGUGUUCCCUCUACAUAUAAUGAGGUUCGCCUUGUAGAAGUGCCGGAGAUGGGCUAUGAUCCCCUGGCAAACCCCUCACGGGGGGAAAUAUGUGUCCGUGGGAAAACCCUCUUCUCUGGGUACUUCAAGAACGAGGAGUUGACCAGAGAGGUCAUCAAAGACGGCUGGUUCCACACAGGUAAAGCUCGCCCCUUCAUUUUUAACCGUGGGAAUGAGUAUCCUCCAUGCUCCUAUGCCCCAAUUAAGCUCUGUCCAAUCUCUCUACAGGGGAUAUAGGGGAGAUGCGCCCUGAUGGGGUCCUGAAGAUCAUAGAUAGAAAGAAGAACAUCUUUAAACUUUCCCAGGGAGAGUACGUGGCCGUUGAAUUUCUGGAGAAAGUAUAUUCCAUCUCUACCAUUGUCGAAGAUGUAAGUCUUCUCCAAUGCUUCAUAUGGAAAAAAAAAAACCCAUAGAAUUCGCCCGGCAAUGAUCCACAGCCUGCUAGAAAGCUGUAUUUUUUGCAUGAAUCUAAGCACCCAUAACAAAACAAAGAAACUUUUAAAAUACCCAUCUAGAAUUACUUCUUGUAUCAUAUUAUUUAUAUAUAUAUGAGGAAUUGUUGGCCUGGUAUACGUUCAUGAUGGUCAUUUGCUUGGUGUUAGAUUUGGGUAUAUGGGGACAGCUUCCAAUCUACGCUGGUGGCUGUGGUUGUCCCACAUCAAGAGAAUACGAUGAAGUGGGCCGAAUUGAAAGGCUACUCGGGCUCAUUUUCGGAGCUGUGCUCGCUGGAUCAGCUCCGAGAUCACAUUCUUCUCGAUCUGAAGGCCAUUGCUGAGAAGGAGAAGGUAUUUUUGUCUGUUCUUCGUGUAAUUCAUGCUUGUUUCUGUCAUCUUCCUUGAUUAAUGAUAUGUGAAAUGAAUGUGUGAUCUUAGAGUUCAGAAAUUCUAAAUUAUUCUAAUCCACCUUCAGAUGCUUUAAGGAAGUCGCCGGGUUUCUAGUGUUCUUGUCUCAUCUUCUCAUCAUGCCCCCCCUCCCCUCUCUCUCAUUCUCUCUGUGCAUCUAUCUACCCAUCUGUUUGUAUAUACAUGUACAAAUAUCUCAAGAAAGAGGAAAAGAAGCCAGGUCCCAUGGAUUAUGUAUGCUGGGUUUCAUUGUGAUCGCAUCGAUUCGGUUUUCCCAUUCCUCUCUCUCUCUCUCUCUCUCUCGCUAAGAAAGACCCAGAAGGAGCUUAAUCUGCGUCAUCGCCUUGUGAAACAGCUGAAAGGCUUCGAGCAAAUCAAAGGUGUCUUCCUCGAUCCCGAGCCCUUCGACAUCGAGAAGGGCCUGGUGACUCCAACCAUGAAGAAGAGGAGGCCUCAGAUGAAGAAGCACUACGAGGUUAGAACCCUCCUCUCCCCUCUCCAGUCUCCCCCGUUCGUCUCCAUUUCCGUAGCUCCUCGCUUUCUCUCUCAUCAUCCAUCCAUCUCUUACCGACUGUGCCGCCGCAGGAGGAUAUCAAUCGCCUCUACCGGGGCCUGGCUGGCGUGAAGAAGUCCAACGGCAUCAUGUAG